UUAUGUAUGGUGCUUACUGCUUACUGCAUCGAACCUAACUAACAUUGUUUCCCCCGUCUUCCAUUCUACCUCCCACUUGCAUCACCCUCACUCUCUCUUCAACAUUUUCUAUCUACGUUCUGCUAAUAUCAUAAAUUAAUUAAUUAACUACCAUUAUUUAUUAUAUUUAAAACUAGAUCGGCAUCGUCGUGGUCUGAGACUGAAACCCUAGCUAGUAGAUCAGAUCUCAACUCCAUGGCUAUGACGCCAAGAAAAACUCGCAACCGUGAAAUGCUCUUCGACUCCGUCAUCGCUCUCGUAUUCAUCCUCGUCGCCUGUGUCGACCUCUGCGACGGCGCCACCGUUGUCGACGUCUACCGUCUAAUCCAAUACGAUAUGUCAGGUGUUCCAUUCGGAUCUCGACUCGCUAGCCUCAAUCACCACGCCGCUUCUCUCCAUUUCUCUCCUCAUGCUGAUCUAUCUCGCACCGUUCUCCUCAUACCUCUUCGCGAACUCAAUAUGUCCUUUGUUCAAGAAUAUAUUGCUGCUAGCAAGCCUCUGGGGGGUUUAAUUUUGUUGCUGCCCCAGAUGUUCAGUGUUGAAAACAAAGGUGGUGUGGGAAGUAAUCAUGAUGAUGGGAGCAAAGAACUACUGAAGAAUGUGCUGGAUGAGGUUGAACAAAUACUUAUACACACCAACUUACCUGAUGCUUCAUUCCUGCAGUAUCCUGUUUAUUUUGCUUUUGAGGAUGAGAACAUUGACACCGUGUUAUUGGAUAUCAAGAAGAAUGACGCCACUGGUCAGCCUGCUACUGCAACUACUGGCGGGUACAAAUUUGUCGUUUCAGCCACUGAACCAAAGAAAGUUGGAUCUCCACCCAUUACAAAUAUUCAGGGAUGGUUGGCAGGGCUGAAGACAGAUGGUGAUUCUCAUCAAUUACCCACCAUUGCAAUAGUGGCAUCAUAUGACACCUUUGGGGCUGCUCCGGCAUUAUCAGUGGGAAGCGAUAGUAAUGGAAGUGGCAUUGUGGCUCUCCUUGAAGUAGCUAGAUUGUUUUCUCUUUUAUAUUCUAAUCCAAAAACAAGAGGACAAUAUAAUCUGCUGUUUGGGCUAACUUCUGGUGGGCCUUACAACUACAAUGGAACCCGUAAGUGGCUCCAGAGCUUUGACCAACGUCUGCGUGAGAGCAUUGACUAUGCUAUUUGCUUAGAUAGUAUUGGCUCAUGGGAAAAUGAACUAUGGAUUCAUGUAUCUAAGCCUCCAGAAAAUGCCUUUAUUAAGCAAAUUAUGGAAGAUUUUUCAAGUGUUGCAGAAGAGUUAGGUUUCCAAGUUAAUCUGAAGCAUAAGAAAAUAAACAUUUCAAAUCCUCGAGUAGCUUGGGAGCAUGAACAGUUUUCAAGGCUGAGAGUUACUGCUGCCACCCUUUCUGAGCUUUCUACGCCACCUGAAUUGCUAGAGAGGACUGGUGGUUUGGUUGAUGGCAGGCAAUUUGUCAAUGAAGCGGCAAUUGUAAGAAGUGUGAAACUAAUUGCUGAGUCUCUUGCGAAGCAUAUUUAUGGACAUCAAGGAAAGAACGUACAGAUCUUUGCGGACAACAGUAACUUGGCUGUAAAUCCUUCUUAUGUUCGAUCAUGGUUAGAUGUUUUGUCCCGAACACCUCGAGUAGCACCAUUUUUAUCAAAAGACGACCCUUUUGUUACGGCAUUGAAAAAGGAAUUAGAAGAUCAUACUGAUGAAGUCAAUCUGCAACGAGAAGUACUAGAUGGGAUGUUCACUUUCUAUGAUUCAACUACGGCAAAGCUGAACAUAUAUCAGGUUGCCAGUGUCACAUUUGACUUGCUGUUGCUUCUAGUGUUGGGAUCAUAUUUGAUUGUGCUCUUUAGUUUCUUGGUCAUCACUACCAGGGGUCUAGAUGAUCUAAUCAGUUUAUUCCGGCGGCCUCCUUCUCGAAAAGUGAAAACUGCUUAAUCACAGGAAGGAUUGUGCUCCCAUGUUUGGUCUACGUCCUCAUGUUUUUAAUUAGAUUAAUUAGUUUCUUAGGAUGCUAGUUUCUAAUGAAAAGCUUUGUAGCGGAUUUUAUUUAUCAUUUGUUAAAUUCGGCUGGUUUAGUGGUUAAAAACAGCAAAAUGUCUUUGGCUGUGCUAAAUUAAGAAUGCCAAAAUUUUGAUAUUCUUUGCCCGUCUUAUUUGGCGCAUUUAUGUAGAGGAAAAGAGUAGUCAGUAAUGCAUGUGCUUUACACACAGCUCACCGAUUGGCUCAAUAAAAGAUUGGAUUGGUUAAUUUAUAAA